GUCGAGGAGUUCCUCCCUUUCCCUGUGGCAGGAACAGAAGACAAGUGUCCUGUAGCUAUUCUUUCUGCCUCUCUCCCUGUCAUUAAGCCCUCUUCUUGCCAUUUUCUUCUUCCUGUUCGCUCUCAGGUAAUUUUUUUUUUAAAAAAAAUGGAGAAUAACCAACCUACCAGUCACCAACCUGAACAACAAUUGCAACUUCCUAUAAACUGCUCUGAAACUUUACCGACUCAGAAUGGCUUGGAGAAACUAAAUGAAGAAUCAACCUCUGUGCCUCCAUCCCCUGAGAAUGCAGCACAUUCUCUGCCUGAAAUAAAACUCUGUGAUAUAUCUGAGGAGCUGAGCCGACAGCUGGAGGACAUUAUUAAAACUUACGGGUCAGCUGCCAGUCUGAUCGAGGAAAGAAAUACUAAAGGAACAGACAAACCUGAGAAGGGAGAAUCAUUUAAUAAUGAUGACGGAGAAUAUGAAGAUGCCCAUGAUGAGGCUGAGAAGGAACAAGCGGCUGCUGGGGAUGCCUCUGGAUCAAAGGAAUCCAGUAUUCAUAAGGAGCAGAAACUAGAAAAGAAAAUGCUGAAGGGACUAGGGAAAGAAGCUACCCUGCUGAUGCAACAUCUGAAUAAGCUGAAUACACCAGAAGAGAAGCUGGACAUUUUAUUUAAGAAAUACGCCGAGCUGUUGGAAGAACAUCGUACUGAACAGAAAAAGCUGAAAUGUCUGCAGAAGAAGCAAGCACUGCUUAUAAAAGAAAAAGACCAGUUGCAGAGUGAACAUAGCAAAGCUAUCCUUGCCCGGAGCAAGCUGGAGAGUGUCUGUAGGGAGCUCCAAAGACACAAUAAAACCCUGAAGGAAGAGACUCUUCAGCGGGCAAGGGAGGAAGAGGAGAAAAGGAAGGAGAUCACCAAUCACUUCCAAGGCACCCUAAAUGAUAUCCAGGCACAGAUUGAGCAGCAAAGUGAACGAAACAUGAAGCUGUGCCAGGAGAACACAGAUCUAGCAGAGAAACUGAAAAGCAUCAUAGACCAGUAUGAAGUCAGAGAGGAGCACCUUGAUAAGAUAUUUAAGCACAGAGAGCUUCAGCAGAAACUAGUGGAUGCCAAACUGGAACAGUCACAAGAAUUGAUGAAAGAAGCAGAGGAGCGGCACCAGCGUGAGAAGGACUAUCUACUCAAUCAAGCUGCCGAAUGGAAGCUCCAGGCAAAAAUGCUGAAGGAACAGGAAACGGUUCUCCAAGCCCAGCUUACUCUUUAUUCUGAACGGUUUGAGGAAUUUCAGAAAACACUGACAAAAAGCAAUGAAGUGUUUGCCAGCUUCAAGCAAGAGAUGGAUAAAAUGACAAAGAAGAUGAAAAAGUUAGAAAAGGAUACAGCUACAUGGAAAUCAAGGUUUGAGAACUGCAAUAAAGCUUUACUGGACAUGAUUGAAGAGAAAUCCAUGAGGGCCAAGGAAUAUGAGUGUUUUGUGGCAAAAAUUCAAAGACUAGAGAACCUUUGCAGAGCACUGCAGGAGGAAAGGAAUGUACUGUACAAAAAAAUUAAAGAAGCACAAUUCCCUGGGGAGGAAAGGGAAGAAGAAGAUGAGGAAAAAGACCAGACCAUAGGGGACAACACCCAAGGAAAUGAGGCUGGGCCAAGUUCUUCUUUUAUAGGCCAGGAUGCUGAGUUGUCAGUUGAUAGCGAGAUUGUCCUGAAGGAUUUGGCUAUUACUAGUGAGAAUGCCUUGAAAAAUCUGGCUACAGCUUUCAUGGUGACCCAUCACAUGGAAAUGCCCAAUCAAGAAGCCAGCAAAGAACCACAUGACCUACAAGAAUGCAGCCCACUCUGUUCCCCUGAGCCAAUGUUACCAUCUCCCAUGCAUCAAGACACAGGAAGUAUUUCUGUGGAGUCAGCAGCAUCUAUCCCAAAAACUGACCAACAAGAAGGAAAAACUGAAGAGCUACCUGCUCAAAACCAUCCAGAGCUUCAGCUGCUUGAUGCUGACAUGGAAGGAGUUGAUUAGUGUAACAUGUAAAAGAAACUUUCUUUCUACAAUUCCAUCUUUUCAUUUUCUCCUGGAGUUAUUUUUACAAAGGAAAUCAUAGGGCUGGAAACCAUUCAGAGAUUUACUGUUCAAGACUGAGAUUCAUCUUGCCAGUUUGCUGUCAAGUUGCAUUAGUAGUGAUGGGCUUGAGGUUUGCCUCAUCUGAUCAAGACAAAAUACUUUCCUGAAGUAGAGAAAAAGCAGGAUCUUCCUUCCUCUAUCAUCUGCUUUCAGCAAUGGCAAGGCAGAAUGCCCUAAAAACCAUUGUCAUUCAGUAUACUCAAAGAACUCCACCACAAGGUUUUGAAUAUCCAUUUGGAUUUAUGUAAGAUAAUGCCAUUUUGAGAAAUAACAUGCUGUUGGGAGUGUGGGCUAGAGGAAAUAAAAGGGGUAAAACAUUAAUUGAGACGUCUGAAUCAAUCAUAAAAUAAAAACCAUAGUACAAAUACAAAGCUGUUCAAACUACUAAUUACUUGUGUAUUGCCAACAUUAUCCCUUCUAGCUGAGGUGCACUUUUGAAGCUGUGGUGCCCAAUAUUUCUUUAACAAAUAUCAAGCCAACAGAAGAGAGUUUUAAGUAGUUUUAUUUGCAAAGAAAGGGGAGCCAUCCCCACAUGGGCAGACUACACCGAAACAGUAUAUCCACAGCAUGAUUAUUCUCCUGAAUUUGCCAUACCCUCUCUGUUCCCGUUGGCUAAGGGUACUUAGAGUCACAACUUUCCGGUCUGCCUAUUUACAUGUUACUCCUUAAUAUGUGGCCCCCUCCCAUAUUCUUCCUGUAUGUUCAUUAUAAUACAGUUUGUCGUCAGAGCAGGAGAAGUUAAUAUGCACCAGCCGAUUAAGCAUGCUCAAUACCUACAAUCUGAUACAAGCCUUGCCCUUCAGCCUAGUCAUCCAGUGGUCUUAUCUUGCAUCCUCCUUUAUGACUCAUCUCCUCAUUCCUAGUAGAAAACACAUUUCUUGUUUAUCACAAAGCCACUUUGACCUAAGCAGUUCCCAAGACUACAGCCAGAAUUGUGUAUGACCUUGGGUUAUGGAUAGCUUGGCUCCACUAAAUUCAGUAACCUCUUGUUCACCAGGAAGACUAUUGUUCAAUGUAGGUAAUCCUUUGUUUUGUUGGUUACAGAGACUGUUAUACAAAAAUAAACAAAAUAAUAUUGUUGAAUAAAAUGUUUCAGUAGGUAGACUUGCACUCUUCUAAGUUAGUAUUAGACUUGCACUCUUCUAAGCCCAUUGACUUAAAUAGACCUCAAAAAGUAUAAUUUGGUUUAGGAUUGCCCCAUGGCAUAAAUUAUGUUACCAGACAAAAUGGGAAGAUCAAAUUUCAAAGAAAAGAUUGAUUGAAUACAAUGCAGUUAUCGCUGAGGCUGGAAAUACACACAAUGCAACUUAAUUCAAUCAAGUUCAAGGGGACUUCUUUUAAAUAAAUGUGUUCUGCAUUAGGGUGUUAGAUUCAGUUUGGAGCCUAGUUCACAAAUUUUGAACAUAUGAGAUGCAGGACAUGUUGAUCUAACAAAAAGUGCAUCAUGUAAUUCUGCCCCCCAUCCAGUUAUAUAUUUGAAAUCUAUUCGACUUCUACAAUCACUGUUUCCUGCCAUGUCAGCUUUCCAUAUGCAAGGAACUCUUGAAGUGGCAUCAACUUCAAAUAAAUGGUCUUUUAUGUGCUUUCUGAGGUCUACUAGUAGGUUAAAAAAAUCAUAUAUUUCUUCAGAAACAAUGAAUGCCCUGUUAUGUCACAUUCAGGGAAAAAAACAUUAAAUUACUAAACUGUAGUAAUUAAUUCCAAGAUUCAGCACUAAUCCAAAAAAAAAUAUGAUAGAAAACUGGCAAUCCUCAAAACUGUAGUAUCUUUACUCUUUAAUGAAUAUUCCUUUGAAGUCUGUGUCAUGCUGUUUAUACUCAUAUUUUCAGUUCUGCAUGUAAUAAGUAGUUCCUCUAAAAAACAAACUGAAAGCAUGCGUGCCUUGUUUUACCUACUGUACCUACACUAUCAACAACCUGCACUGCCAUUAUUUAAAGAUCUAUGGAUACAAAUUAACACACUGUUAUAGCUCAUUAAAUCCCUUUGUAUAAGACAAGUAUUAAAGUUGCAACUGUGCAUUGGAUGAUGAGCUGUAUAACCUUACCUGUAUAACUGAACUUGCUGUUUUAAGAUGGAGUGAACAUAACUGUAGACUUUCAGCCUGAAUCAGAUAGUGAUAAUUUUUUGAUCUUGUUAUCUUCAUAACAGUUUUUCAAAGAUUGUAUUAAUACAGGCUCCAUAUCUACUAAAAUUGAUUAUUUCCUUU